AGUUGGGACUGGGAAGACCAACCUUCAGUGUCUGAGACUGUGCCUAUCUCUCUCGCCAUUAACAGACCUUAGAAAAACCAGAAAUUUCAUAUAUCUGGUCAUGAAGACGAGGGUUGAGAGUGUAUUCUGAUGAUAAAUUCAAUGGGUUUUCUUCUCUUUACACGUGGUAAGUGAUUUUGAAUUCUUUUAGUCUUCUAAAUGAUUUCAUAGUUCGUUCUGGAAUUAGGGGUUUUCCAAUUUGGGAGAAAAUGGAACCACCACCACCAAUAAAUGAAUCAAAACUGAUUCAAAACAUAAUCACCGUUCUAACUUCAUCUCCUCAAACUGAACCCCAACAACUUAAACUCAUGAAUCAAUACAUACCAAACUUAAAACCAUCAUUAAUCCAAUCAGUACUCUCAUCACCACCCCUUUCAACAAAACCCAAUACCCUUCUCACAUUCUUCAAAUGGUGUCAAUCUCAUCUCCCAGAUUUCCCACAACCCAUAAACACUCUUCCUUGUUUACUCACCAUAAUUCCUCCACUCAUUCGUUUCAAGAAAUUCUCAGAUGUUAAAUCAUUACUUGUUUCUUUCAUAUCUAAAGACCGUAACCUCCUUCUUGAUUCUCUUCUUAAUGCAAAGAGUGCUUAUCCUCCUCCCUCUAAAGAGUUAUUAGAUACUGCCAUUGGAGCUUAUGUUCAGCAGAAAAGGUCUGACCUUGCUCUUCAGGUAUUCAACAAGCUUAGGCGAAUGGGUUAUAGGCCGAACCUUCUCACUUGCAACACAUUGUUGCAUGCUUAUGCAAGUAAGAAAUCAACUUAUUCUUUAUCUGUUUGUGAAUAUGUUUUUAAGGAUUCAAUUAGACUUGGGGUUAUGCCGAAUGUCAAUACUUUUAACAUUUUGAUUAAAGGAUAUUGCUUGAACAUGAAACUAAAGGAGGCUGUAGAGAUGAAAAAUAGGAUGCAUGAUGAGUUUGGAUGUUGUCCUGAUAAUGUGACUUAUAAUACCAUAUUCAGUGUGUAUUGUGCAAAGGGUUUGAUAAGUGAGGCUAGGGAUUUGCUUGUUGACAUGAAAAGUAAAGGAUUGGAGCCAAAUAGAAGGACGUUUAAUAUUUUUGUAAGUGGUUUUUGUGGGGUUGGAUGGUUAGAGAAAGCAGCAGAGACUGUUGAAUUGAUGAUAGGGAGUAAUUAUCAGCCUGAUGAUUUUACGUUUAAUACGUUGAUAAGUGGGUAUUGUAAGGAGGGUAGGAUUGGCGAGGCGUUUAAGCUUCUUGAAUUGAUGAAGAGUGUGAAAUUGUUACCUGAUGCGGUUACUUAUAAUGCAUUAAUAAAUGGUUGUCUUAAGUGGAGGACGAGUAUGGAAGCAAUCAAAUUGUUUGAAGAAAUGUGCAAAAAGAAUGUGAAGCCAACUGUUGUUACACAUAAUAUUAUUAUCAAGGGGUUUUGUGAAGAGGAGAAAUUGAAGGAAGCGAGGGAGUGGGUUGAGAAGAUGGAAGAAAGUGGGGUUGGCCCAGAUUGUAUUACUUAUAACACUUUGGUUAAUGGAUACAGCAAAGCGGGGAACAUGAUGGAAGCUUAUAAGACAAUAGAUGAGAUGCUUAGGAAAGGGUUAAGGACAGAUGUUGUGGCUCUCAACACUUUCCUCCACACACUAUGUAAUAAAGGAAAACUGAAUGAGGCAUAUGAGUUGCUUUGUACCGCCCCAAAGAAGGGUUAUGAUCUUGAUGAGGUUAGCUAUGGUACACUGAUCAUGGGCUACUUUAAGGAAGAAAAUGUGGAUGGGGCGUUGAAGCUUUGGGAUGAAAUGAAGAAGAAGAAGAUCCUUCCAAGUGUCGUUACCUACAAUUCAGUUAUUGGUGGGCUUUGCAAGAUGGGCAAGAUUAAACAGGCCAUGGACAAGUUAAAUGAACUGUCAGGUAGUGGGUUGAUUCCUGAUGCAAUUACAUACAACACAUUGAUUCAUGGAUUCUGCAGAGAAAGAGAUGUGGAGAAAGCAUUUCAGUUCUACAACCAAAUGGUUGCUAAGUCGCUUAAGCCUGAUGUUAUUACGUGUAACAUUCUUCUUCAUGCACUCUGCAAAGAGGAGAUACUAGAUAGGGCUGUUAAACUCUUCCGCACAUGGGUCUCGAGAGAAAAAGCUGUUGAUGCCACCACCUAUAAUACACUGAUUAUGGGGCUUUGCAGAGGAGGGGAAAUUGAAGAUGCGUUGGAUUUACUUCUGGAAAUGAAAGAAAAGAAACAAGUACCUGACCAUUGUACAUGCUAUAGUAUCGUAUCUACUCUUGUACAGUUAGGCCGAACUGACGAAGCCCUGAAUAUUAUAUCCGAGAUGAAGGAAGCUGGAAAAAUACCUAAUGAAUCUUCUUUCACUGCAACGCAGAAACUCAUUUCCCAAGGACAGCAGCAAGAUAAGUCUGAAGAAGAGGUAGCUUGUUACUCUGAAGAUCAGGAGUCUACCAGUGAUAUAACAUACACAAAACAGAUUGAUGAGCUAUGUACAGAAGGGAAGUUUAAAGAAGCUAACUGUGUUUUGGAAAAAAUGAAGCAACAAGGUGCUGCAGUAAGUAAAUCCACCUAUAUUACCUUAAUGAAAGGAUUGGUUACGAGGAGAAAAAGGACGUCAAAUGUAGCACGGUAGAUGCCAAGUUACUGAUGAGUCGCCUCCAGAUUCUCAAAUUGGGUCCCCCAUCACCUUGUAGCGUCGGCACAAAAUUAUUAAAGAGAGUUCAGGUUGACUUGGUGACAUCUAAGUUUGACGGGAAUGAGUCGACAUGGAAUAUUACUUUGGUCACAUUGAAAAAUUAGUAGGUACACUUGGUGGAGUGCAUUGACAGAUCCAGCAGUGUAGAGAACAUCCAAUGUCAGCUAACAUCUAAAAGUGCCGCCUGCGUCUGUGUUGCCAGUCGACCAGUUAUGUACGGCAUCUAGGCAUGCGUGGUUGUUGAACAUGAUUAAACAACAUGGUCAAAGUGACUCAAUGUGCCAGUUUAACUAUUCAGGUUCCUGUCAUGGAGCAAAAGGAAGACAUAUUAAUGGAUGGAGGAAUGACUGCUGACUAUGAAGUGGAGGGAUUGGAGUGUCUAGCUAGCUACGGAGGCAGUCCGUUGGGCCUUGUCUAUGGGCUAUGACAAGAUCAUCUUCAAAUCUGAUAGUGAACUUUUUAGUGUUCAUUGUAUCAAGUAUCAACCAGGGAUUAUCCUUGAUAUUAAACAUCUUAUAAGUAAUUUAAACUAUUGGUCAUGUAAGUUUGUUAAAUGAGACAGGAAUGGAGUUGCUGAAUCAUUAGCUAAGUAUUUUAACUAUUGGUGAAGCUAUCA